CCAUCUUUGCUUUGCUUGUUUUGGCUGUUUUGGUAAGUUAAAGUUCAAUGAAAGAAAUCAUUUUUUCUUUUCAAGUUGAAGAAUAGACCGCAGCUGUAGUUUCCUGUGGACAAUGUCGCUGUCACCGUCAGUUUCACUGUCAACAUUGCUGUUUUUAUCGGUGCUUUUUAAUGCAGUCCAUGCCGUCGAUUCACCAUCAGGUGAAGUCCUGGGUUUCAAGGAAGGUACCAAGAGCUACGUUCCCGCUCCCAGCGCGUCUUCUGGGGAUGCAUCUCCGUCGAGCUUGCACAGCACCUGGGAUGCAUUUCAUUUCCAUAAUGCGAGAGUUGACACUGCCUCGCUGUACGUCACUAACAAUAUGCCGAAUGACGUAAAGUUAUGGAUGCAGUCGGAUGAAUGCUACAAGUGUAAAAUGAUCGAUAUGGGAGAUGUGACAGGGAACACAUCUAAGCUGCUACUGAUGGACACUUGGUGGGGUGUAACUUUGGCAGUAACCCAUACUAAUGUUGUGAGUUUCAACAAAAGCGCCGCACUCUGCAACCCAGAAAAGUACCCGUAUCAUUUUGGAGAGAAUGGGAACUACUCUUUCUUCAUAAAUCUGAACAAGACGGCAGAAUCUGACAUGGACGUCUGCUUCAUGAUCAUCAAUAAACAGCCGGACAACGCAUAUACUCCUAUUUAUGUCGCAAUCGGAGUUUACGCAUUUCUGGCUGUGGUGUACGGAAUACUGAACUAUGCAUACAUGUCGGGUGCUUUUAGCAGUGUAUCCAACUGGUGCGCAACAGAAAGAGUUGUUAACAACGAUCUUGGUGCCCCACCCUCUAGGCAACCAGUGACCAAUCAGCCGAACUUCAACAACGAGCGCAAACGACCGAAGCGACUCAAAUCCCUGGAUACAUUCAGAGGCAUUGCCAUUGUCAUCAUGAUUUUUGUCAACCAUGGCGGGGGCAGUUAUUGGUUCUUCAAACACGCACGUUGGAACGGGUUAACUGUUGCAGAUCUUGUGUUUCCUUGGUUUGUGUUCAUCAUGGGAACAUCCAUGGCGUUAUCCUUCAGCGGUCUGAUCCGACACAAUGUAUCUCGCGCCUCUAUAGUCAAGAAAAUUAUUCGAAGGACAGUCAUUCUCUUCGCUCUUGGGAUAAUGCUAGACGGAGGCAUGGAACUCAAAACUUUCCGUGUGCCUGGCGUUCUGCAGCGAUUUGCCGUGUCCUACUUCGUCGUCGCAAUGCUUCACUUGAUUUCAGCAAAGCCAACCUUGGAAGAGUACCGCAUCUCUAACAAAUAUCACCAAAUGUUCCGAGACCUUGUUGACUAUUGGUACGAGUGGCUGUUCAUGAUAUCCCUGAUGAUCCUGUACGUCUGUCUGGUUUUCUUUUUGCCAGUUCCUGGCUGUCCAACUGGCUACUUUGGACCAGGAGGCCCUCUUGUGGGGGAAAACGGUGAGUUGACAAACUGCACGGGAGGCGCUACGGGCUACAUCGACAGGUGGAUUCUGGGUGAGAACCAUCUUUACUCGCAUCCAACGUGUCAGAAGGUGUAUCACACCACGUUGAACUAUGACCCCGAGGGAAUCCUGGGUUCGAUUCCAUCAAUCUUCAUUACCUUUCUUGGACUACAGGCUGGCAAGAUUUUGCUUCUUCAUCAGUUCCAUGGCAGUAGGAUCAAGCGACUUCUACUCUGGAGUCUUAUUACCGGUGGACCAGCCAUUUUGUUGUGUGAGGCAUCAAAAGAAGAUGGAUGGAUCCCGGUCAGCAAAAACCUCUGGUCCUUGUCAUUUGUUUUGGCUCUUGCCGGCACGUCAUUCUUAUUGCUGACGUUUUGUUACAUCGUCAUCGACAUGAAACAGUGGUGGUCUGGGGUGCCGUUCUUCUUUGCUGGUAUGAACCCCAUCACACUGUACUGCGGUCAUGAAAUCUUGAUGGGACAGUUCCCGUUCAGCUGGAGCCCUGUGUACGGCACUCACGCCGAGUUACUCUCCAUGAGUCUGCUGUGUUCUUCACUCUGGGUCUGCAUCGCUUACUACAUGUUCAAGAUUAACUUCUUCGUCAAGAUUUGAGUGGACAACUGCAAUUGUGUUGUUACCUUGUUCUUAGUGAUGUACGAUCUCGCUGCGCUAUUUUUUCCCCCAAAAAAGUCUCAAGUUCUGUAUCCUUUUUUUUGUUAUCCAAGUUUACCCCAAACAAGGUUUAAAGCUAACUCUAUAAGGGGGCUACAAGAAGAAAAUGAUUAAACAUGAGAGCUGGAGGAAGGAAUUGAUAUUGCUCUUAAUUGAUUUUCCAUUUUUAUCGUAAAUUGUUGCAAUAAUUCAGCAUUUGGCUGCUAAAUGACAGUUUUGUUAUUAACCAUAAAAACAAUAACUGUGUAAUACAUAACAAAAAACUGUACUUAAAUUCUAAAAAGAAAUUGUGAAAACAAUUGUGUAUUUGAAUUUGUUUUUGUAAUUUUUGACACUGCAUAUUUUUUAUUUAUGAAUUGGUAUUAUUAUAUAUUUCUGGUAAUGAACGAAAAGGAGGCCUAAUUAAGUGAACUAUUCAUUGUAGCUUGCAAGCCUGAAGAAACCUGUAAACAAGGGUAAUUGCUAGUGACACAGAAACACCUAGGGUAAUAGCUCUGGCAGAAUGUAAAUCUUUCGUAAAUGUAGAAGAAUGACUCAUAAAUUUACAAGUGGUUUGAUUUUUCGGUUGAGUAUUUCACUAAGACUAAAAGAGCCCUCUUACAUGCAUGUACCACAGACUGCCACGAAGUACCAUUCCUUCUAGGCUAGCAUCGGGUGCACAGGUUUGUUUGUACAUCUGGUCAGGAAUUACAUGGAGAUAACAGGUGUGAGUUGUCUGAUGAAAAGGGUGUAUUAAUUGAGCCUCUUUCUUUAAUGGAGCUUCCCGUAAUGUGCAGAUUCCUUAAAAUGUUUAGAGCUGCUUCCUGUGUAGAAAAAUGGGAGGGGAACUUUUGUCUUGCCAUUCUUUAUAAUCAUCAUUUCGCAAAGACAUGACAGUCGAGUUUCUGUCAGAAAUGCUGUAGCCCUAAACGUUAAAAUGAAAGACUGUCCAAUUGUAGUAGAUGUGCAUGCAUGUGCUAACUUAGUAAAAAAUAAAAUAAUAUAGUGACAUUUAUGCUAAAAAGACCCAUUAUUAUGAAAGAUCAGUAUGAUGGAAAAGAGACAUGUUAACCGGGUUGGGCAAUUUGGCUUUAAAAAGCAUUUGUUAUGAAAUAAUAUAGUAGGACAAAUUUGUUUAAAGUAGGAUGUAAUGAUCGAUUCACCCAACUGACUCUUGAAACUGUGUGGUUUUACAUUUACUUUAUGAACCAAUGGGGUCCGCCAUUUUGUAGAGUAAAAAAAUGUGAUUCCACAAAAUGGUGGACUGUAUUACAAUUUCAUGUACGUGUAGUUCAGACGGUAAAAGGAGGGAUAGUUAUGUGAAUCAUUAUACUUUUAAAACAUCUUUUCAACCAUAUUAAUUUUAUGACAAAAUGCUUUUAUACCCCAAAGUGCCUUACAAAGGCAACGUUCUGCUUAUUUGUUAUAUUUACAAAAUGGGAUCAGAUUGUAACCGAUACCUUGACAAUUUCAUCACACUUGGAGUUUGGUCUCGAUGGCAAGCUUAAAAUAAAGUAAUUUAUUUUUAAUAUAAAAUUAGUUUUAAUUAGGAGUAUUGAUGAAACUCGGCAAAAUAAAAAAUAAAACUGCAAUUUAAAAGUA